UGACGGGGCCAGCACGCCGCUACCCGCUCCUGCUGCCCGCUGCCCGCUGCCCGGCGCUCAUCAAGGAACGGCAAUGCACGGUGUUCCCGUAUACGGUGGCCUGGAGCCGCUGCCGCUGGUGCAGCCCCUGCAGGCGGCCUUCGCCAGCAUGCUCGGCCCAGGACUCGGACCGGCGCUGCAUUCCGACUUCUCAUUCCUUGAUCCGGAGAGCGCGAAGCCCCAUCAGCGACGGCUGGGUGCCAGUAAAAGCCAACUGGACUGGUACUACGCGGCAGCGGCGGCCAACCCGUUCACGGCGGCGGCGGCGGUGCGGCUGGCGGCCGCGUCGCCGCCGAUGAAGCGAGCGCGUGUGAUCGUGCCGCCACCGACGGCGCCCGUCGGCUCGCCGCGCACCAUCAUCGCCAAGCCGCCCUCCACGCCGCCGGCGCGCAAGCCGCAGGGCACAGUCUGCCUCGACGACCUGAAGACAUAUUGCACGGGGCCGGACAUCUUGAUCUGCGGCAACUGCCGCGAGAUGUACCGCUCGCUGGCCGACCUGCUGCAGCACAAGCGCGACUACUGCAAGCUCAGGUUCGCCUGCAAGUGCACCCACGAGACCCAGCAGCUACCCAGGUCAGAUGAGGUGGGCUCGAUGCUGCUAUGUGGCCUUUGCACAGAGUCGUUCAUGACCGCUUGGAUGCUCAUAGAACACUUCCAGUCGACCCACUCAGUCGACAUCUACAAACUAGACAGCGGCGAGGAGGAGAAUGACAAGGGGCCUAGUCGCGGGAGCAGCUGCAGCGGCGAGCUAGCCAGGGUCGCCAACAACGACUCGGACGGCGGCACGAGCAGGACCAGCCGGGAGACUGAAAACGACGACGGCACCGACGAGGAGACAGGCGCGCCACCGAACGGGCCGGGCACCAGCUGAUGACGCUCCCGCGGACGCAGCUGCGCGGGGGCCGGGCCGGGCACCGGGCGCCGCCGGCCGGGUCACGGCCCAGGCCGCCGCCACCCGCUGUCGCCGCUGCUCGCUGAUGCGGAGCGAUCGACAAAUCACUGCUGCACCGAGGCUGUCUCCCAGCGGCGGACACUGCUGCACUAAAGCCGUCUCCCAGCGGCGGUCAGGGGAGCACUGCUGCACCGAGGCUGUCUCCCAGCGGCGGUCAGGGGAGCACUGCUGCACCGAGGCCGUCUCCCAGCGGCGGACUCCGCUGCACCGAGGCUGUCUCCCAGCGGCGGUCAGGGGAGCACUGCUGCACCGAGGCCGUCUCCCAGCGGCGGACUCCGUUGCACCGAGGCUGUCUCCCAGCGGCGGUCAGCGGAGCACUGCUGCACCGAGGCCGUCUCCCAGCGGCGGUCAGGGGAGUACUGCUGCACCGAGGCUGUCUCCCAGCGGCGGUCAGGGGAGCACUGCUGCACCGAGGCUGUCUCCCAGCGGCGGACUCCGCUGCACCGAGGCUGUCUCCCAGCGGCGGUCAGGGGAGCACUGCUGCACCGAGGCCGUCUCCCAGCGGCGGACUCCGUUGCACCGAGGCUGUCUCCCAGCGGCGGUCAGGGGAGCACUGCUGCACCGAGGCUGUCUCCCAGCGGCGGACUCCGUUGCACCGAGGCCGUCUCCCAGCGGCGGUCAGCGGAGCACUGCUGUACCGAGGCUGUCUCCCAGCGGCGGUCAGCGGAGCACUGCUGUACCGAGGCUGCCUCCGAGUGACGGUCUUACCUAACGAUAGA